AUGCAGGAUGGUGCUGCUGUGACAGGCCUUCUCAUUGCUGGGGCAUCAUUGAUUGUAGUGAAUGUCACUGGAAAUGCUAUUUAUGAUCCCAUAAGCUCAAUCAUAUUUGGCAACUUACUUGGCAUGGAUCCUUAUCGCCCUGGUGUCAAAGAAGUAGUGGAACUAUGCACUAAAGCUGGUGUCAAGGUACGCAUGGUUACCGGAGACAACCUUCAAACAGUAAGGGCAAUAGCUUUGGAGUGUGGGAUACUUACUCCUAAUGACAAGCUUUUGCUUGUGCAAGCUCUACGUAAAGGAGGUGAAGUUGUUGCCGUCACAGGAGAUGGAACCAAUGAUGCCCCUGCACUUUACGAGAAUCUUGUAAAUCUGAAGCUAGUAGAUCUUAAUUAUUCAUCGCACCUAGUCGAGCUCCCAGAUUUCUCCAAGGCCCCAAAUCUUGAAGAAGUAAAUGUUUCCAACUGCAAGAGUCUGUACAGUGUGAGAAGCUUGCCCGAAAGCAUUAAGCAUCUGUCAUGGCUGAAAUACCUCAACUUGAGUAAUUGCGAGAGGCUUCAAUCUAUACCAGAGCUUCCAUCGUCCAUUUUGGGCACUCCUCUAGAUCUCAAGGGCAUUACCUUAAGCAUUUAUGGAGGAGAAAAUAUUGGUGUUGUAGGCCGAACUGGAAGUGGAAAAUCAACUCUGAUUCAAGUUUUCUUCAGGCUAGUUGAACCUUCAGGAGGCAAAAUAAUUAUGCUUCAUGAUCUUAGAUCUCGCUUUGGUAUCAUUCCUCAGGAGCUUGUCCUUUUCAAAGGAACUAUCAGAAUUAAUAUUGAUCCAACUGGACAGUACAUAGAUGAAGAUAUAUGGAAGAGUUUGGAAAGGUGUCAACUAAAAGAGGCAGUGUCUGCUAAGCCUGAAAAGUUUGACUCUUUAAUGGUAGAUAAUGGAGAGAAUUGGAGUGUGGGACAGAGGCAGUUGCUUUGUUUGGGGCGGGUUAUGCUUAAGCAAAGUUGGCUCAUGUUUAUAGACGAAGCAUUCAAGUUGAGCACUUCAAGAAGUGCAUAA